UAAUUAUAAUUUCAGAGAUUUCUGAUGCCGCCCAAAGCCAAGGCGGCCGUCCGAGCUCGGGCUCCGGCCAAGAGGAAGCUGGCGGAGGAAUUUCCUCCUGGAGAAGUUCUGACGGACGUCGGGAAGAAAUCCUGGAAACUCGGACCCCCGGUGGGCCGGGGGGGGUUCGGCCUGCUGUACCUGGCGGAUCGUAACUCUGACCGACCCGUCGGUUCUGACGCUCCGUUUGUCGUCAAAGUGGAACCGAGUGAUAACGGGCCGUUAUUCUGUGAGCAGCAUUUCUACAUGAGAGCCGGCGAGCCGGAGCUGAUUAAGACGUGGAUGAAAACUCACAAGCUGAAACACCUGGGAGUUCCUCGGUUCUGGGGGUUCGGCCUGCACGAGACCGGAGGAAACAAGUACCGCUUCAUCGUGAUCGACAGACUGGGCACAGAUCUGCAGAAGAAGUUUGAGGAAAGUGGGAGGAAGUUCCCCAGAAAACUGGUGCUGCAGCUCGGACUCCGUCUGCUGGACGUCCUGGAGUUCAUCCACCAGAACGAGUACGUCCACGCCGACAUCAAGGCCUCCAACCUGCUGCUGAGCUACCGGGACCCGGACCAGGUCUACCUGCUGGACUACGGCCUGGCGUACCGCUACGCCCCCGACGGCGUCCACAAACCGUACAGGGAGGAUCCCAAACGCUGCCACGACGGAACCAUCGAGUUCACCAGCAUCGACGCCCACACCGGAGUCGCCUGCUCCAGACGCAGUGACCUGGAGAUCCUCUCCUACUGUCUCCUCCAAUGGUUGUGUGGACGACUGCCCUGGGAGGACCGGCUGCAGGACCCGGUCUACGUCAGGGACGCCAAGACCAGGAGUAGAGAAAACAUCCCCGAGUUCCUGAAGCAGUGCUUCCCCUCGCAGGACCCCCCAGGGGAGAUCCGGAGCUUCCUGGAGCUGGUCUGGUCUCUGGAGUACCAGGACAAACCUCCGUACGAGAAGCUGCGCUCCGUCCUGCAGACGGGGCUGAAGAACAUCCGGGCCACCGACGACGGCAAGCUGGACUUCCCCCCCGCCGUCGCCGCGGCAACGGAGCCGCCUCCCGCCAAGAAAACCACCAAGAGGAAGAAAGCAGCAGCUAAAGGUGCCGAGGAAGACGGGAGUCCCGUCAAGAAACAGAAGGUUUCCAAGGCAACAGAGCUCAACGGCGUGAAGACGAGUCCCAAGAAGAGUUCCAAGGUCGCUCUGAAGAGUCCCAAGGUCGCUCUAAAGAGUCCCAAGGUCGCUCUGAAGAGUCCCAAGGUCGCUCUGAAAGACCAGAAGGUUCCACGGAAACUCGUAGAGCCUAAAAGCGUCCGGCCGGUCGCCACGGCAACGCCCGGAAUCUCCCAGAGAACCAGAGCCAAGAGAGUCGUCAGCUGACGUCGUCACGUUCGUCCUCUUCUCUUCUAUCUCCCCAUCCCUCAUGUUUUAUACUGAUCUGUUCAAAUAAAGAAUAUUAAAGUUAACCACAUUUUUUAUGAAUUGUUGCAGCCGCAUGUGAAAGAGAAAUGAUGUCGGGUUCAAUCCAGAAUGAUAAAAAUACAACAAAGAUGAAGGAAAGGAAACAGAAGAACAUAAUUAAAAAGAAAAAAAACAGACAAAUACAGAGGAAAAAGUACGACAGAGUAUUAGGACCAAACUAAG